AUGACAUCCUCGCCAGAAUGGAACAAGAUGCUCUGCGGAGAGUGGUAUCAUGCGGGUUGCGAAAUCCUCCAAGAGAAUCGAGUCCGAUGCAAGAAGGCUUGCGAGGAGUUUAACGCUGCAAGCUAUGCGUCGCGUCGAGAGAAAGUCAGGCUUUGGAGAAGCGUUGUUGGUGACACUCGACCUCUUCCCCCACAGCUCUUUGACCCGAAGGAGGAUGAGGCACUUUUCGACGAGACGGAUCCCUAUGUUGACGGCCCAAUCUCCAUUGACCACGGCUUGAAUUUCAAGGUUGGAAAAGGCAGUUUCUUGAACUUCAAUAUUCUGGUCCUUGACACAUGUCUCAUUACCGUUGGCGAGAAUGUUCUCUUCGGACCCAAUGUAUCUCUUUAUGGGGCUGUUCAUCCCAUGGAUCCGGCAGAGCGACGCGGACUCAAGGGACCCGAGGCAGGGAAGGAGAUCCACAUUGAGGAUGAUGUUUGGAUUGGAGCUGGUGUUUCGAUCUUGGGCGGUGUCACGGUAGGACGUGGGAGUACAGUUGGCGCGUGUAGCGUUGUGACCAAGGACGUACCUCCGUUCCACUUUGUCGCCGGAAACCCUGCUAGAGUGAUUCGAAAAAUAGAGAGCACGAUGGACCCGGAUUUCAAGAACAGAAGCGAAUAA